UUCGGACACUACCGGAAAUCCGGAAUCGUGUUCGAAAAUCGAAAUGUACAAGUACUGUUUAUUCUCUACAGCACGUGGGAAUAGUUUUUGCUAAGCAUAUUUCUUGCGAAUCUUUCGUUUUUAAUACUGUAAAUAAUGAAUGAGCUCAGUGACUACGAAAUACAACGCUUGAAAAACAUCGAAUAUAAUAAAAGCGUAUUGCGAAGUCUCGAAAUACCUGGUCUGGUGAGUAGUUACAUUUUUUCACUCCCAUAGCUAGCUGUUAAGUCCUAAUUUCGGAGUCAUACUUUCCAAGCAAGAUACUCCAUUUCAGUUUAAUAUCUGACACCGGAUUUUAGUGUGUAAAUGUUACUUAUCUAACACAGUAUUAUAUGCUGUAUGUAUGCGUACAUACAACAUUCACUUUUUUAAACAAUUUAACCAGAAACUUGCCCACACCCAAGCAAGUGGGUAAACUAUUCAACAUGAGGUUCAAUCCCAACACAUAGCCUGUGCAAUGAAGAUGCCCAAACCACUCGACCCUAGGGGAUUUGUUUGAAACCUAUUGAAAUGUAUAUGGUGUCCUGUGGUGGACACUUUGCAAAAUGUUGUGUGGGUGGGGCGGGGCAAAUGGGUCAUUCCAUUUAAUAUAGGCACCCCCCUAUUGAGGGGUCUGGAAAUCCUAUGAGAGGGGAGGGGGUUUCUACCUUAAAAUUUCCUAGAGGGUAGCUUAAGAAAUUUUCAAAAAAAUAGCAAAAAUUAGGUGUUUUAGUGAUAUCCAAGGGGGGUAAAAAACGAUAUCCUAAAGGGGGUAUAAAGAAAUCCAUGGGGUAACUUCCAAAAAUUGCAUCCAAGGGGGUUCUAAAAUUUUUAUAUCCUAAGGGGAUUAUGAAGGAACCCCUCAAUAGGGGAGGGGUGCCUAUAUUAAAUGGAAUGGCCCAAUUUAGGUUACCACCAUAUUACCACCAUUUUGUUGCAACAUAGCCUAUUGAUGCUUUCAUGGUUAUAAAUCAUUGUAACAGCUUUGUUACACAAUUAUGCAGUUACUAUUGAAAGUUAUUUUGGGUGGUUGCCCCCCUUCCAUUUGUACUCAGUUGCUGAGAACACUAGAGCCGACAGGAGAUUAGAGAUGAGCCGAUUGUCAUUAAAUAUUGAUGAUUGGCCAAUUUGAUUAAUUAAUUGCUGACCAAGCACAGUGUAAAGGUGCAUCUCUGAACAUAAGUCGAAUAUUGUUGAAAUUAUUGCACGAUUAUCUCUGAUUAAAAAAAUGACACUUUUAUUUUUGGUUGAAUCAUUACAUGUAAUUAGUUAUUUGAAGAAUUUUUGUUUUAACAUAUACACUACAGUACAUGAAAAUAAAGAAGCUGAAUGCAAUAAGACAUAAAAGGUGUCACACUUCUUCAGUUUACAACAAGUUAUAUUUUCUGCACUCAGUACUUUGUCAGGCCGCCUUUAGCAUGAAAUACUACAGCUAUACAGUAUGUUGUCAUUGUUGUGGCAUUCAGGCGAUCACCUUUUGGGAAUGCUCCAUUGUGACUGAUGCCCAGGUUGCUUUCAUAGCAGUUUUUAGUUCUUAUGUGUUGUUGGGAUGUCUGUUUCACCAUCUUCAUGUCCAUAGAGAUUCCAUGUAGGGGUCAGGUGAGUUGGCUGGCCAGUCAAGCACAGUAAUAUUAUGUUCAACAAACCUUUCAGACAUAUAGUUUUGGCAGUGUGUGCAGGUUCUGCAUAUGACCUGCUGGAAAACAAAAUUAGCAUCCCCAUAAAGCUUCAGGCAGAUGGAAGCAUGAAGUGUCCGAAAAUUUCCUGGUAAACUGGUGUAUUCAGUUUGGAUUUGAUAAGCACAGUGGCUCGACACCAGCAGAUGACCUGGCACCCCAAGCCAUCACAGCUAGACUGUGGGGACAUCGCACUAGACUUUGAGCAACAUGAAUGAAGUGCCUCGCCAUUCUUUCUCCAGACUCUAGAUCCUUGAUUUGCAAAUGAAAGGCAAAAGUUGCUGUCAUCUGAAAGGAGAACUUUGGACUAUUGAACAACAGUCCAGGUUAUUUUCUUUUAAGCCCAGAUAAGGUGCCUCUUGAGUUGUCAAUAUUCAACAGUUGUAUCUCUUCAUUCGUACAUGCCUGUAUGUGGUGCUCUUGAUGCAAUAUGACAUCAGCCUUUGCCCACUCCAUGUGAAGCUCAGCCAAGUUCUUGAACCAGUUUUGCUUGAAAGUCUUCUCAAGGCAGCGGUCAUUUCUCUUAGUGGUGCAUCUUUUCCUGCGGCCACACUUUCCUCUUCCAGUCGAUCAUCUUCCCAUGGAUAUGCUUUGAAAUCAUGGGCGGAUUUACUGGGGGUUACCUUGAACCUCUCUAACCCCUCUAAUAUAGUGUUCAACUCCACCAAAAUUUCACUUCACCCCUCCUAUUUUGUGUGAAAGGCUUGAACCCAAACGCCUAACCCUGUCAAAGCUCAUCAAGUUGUGCCGCUUGCACCCCACCAGAAAUUUUUCUACCCCUCCUUUUAAAUAAAUGAAAAUUUGCCCUUGUUUGAAACAGCACUUUGCGAACAGUCAGCCCUUUCAGUAAUGACCUUCUGUGACUUUCCUUGGUGGAGUGUAUCAAUGAUAGUUUCUUGUACAACUGUGAGAUUAGAUGUCUUCCCCAUGACUGUAACAAAAAUAGUUUCCCCCAUGCAAGUAAAUAAAAAUUUGUUGUGUUAUGCAUACAUGUGGGGAUGGUUGUGAUUGAUAUUAAGGAAAGAGACAUGCACAGGGACUAUCUUACAUGCCGAGAUAUUAUAUUCUAAUUUUCUGAGAUGCACCUGUAUAAUUGACUGUGCAUACAAAAUCUGUGCAUUAAUUUCUGAAUUGUGAGCUGACUGGUGUAAUUUCACAAUUACAGCCUUGGUAACUACAUUUUUAACCCAUUGAAUGACACUAUGACAGUGCUGUCUCCUUGAUGCAGGUUCCUAGCAUAUAAAAGUUAUUUGAAGGAGUAUGUGCGUUUUAGUGCAUUAAUGAAUUGUUUAGUUGUUGACUAUCGAGUUUCUUGUUGUUAUUGUAAUUUGUAACAGUGAAAGUUAUGGAAACUUAUUUGGAUGGCACAAGGUAUAAUACUUAUGGUACCGGUAACCAGUAUCCAGAAGUGGGACACUGGAUUCUCAGGGGAGAUAUACUAAACUUUGAAUCCUGGUAUAUCCCAGUUGGAUACUCAGAAAAAUAUAAAUUUCAGAUCCUGUUGAUGUAUAGAAUCAUCUGUUGUUAGACAGAGUAAAAUAAUAAAAUAGGUUGUACCCUAAUGGUUAUAAAUUCAACCAAUACAGCCAUGCAGUUGCAAUUGACUGUGAGGUAUACAUAAUUAAACAUUUGUUCAUUGUUUCAUGCAAACUUGAUGUUUAUUGGAUACAAGAUGACAUUAUUAGGGGCAAACUUAAUUGUUGCCAAGGUAAAACUUUAUCAAUUGAUGAAAAUGCGAAAUUGUUUACAUUGUAUUGUAAAAUGAGAUUGUCAAUAUUUCUGGAAUGAUUUAACAGGCUUUGUUCACUGCUCAUAACAAAGUUUGCAGAACCAUAGCAGUUAUUUUGUGUUCAUAACAAGAGACAUCAAGGUACUUGGAGUACAGAAAAUCAUCUUCCAUAUUUAUCAAAUCUUAGCAUGUUUGUUGAAUAUGAAACAUUUUGCCUGACUUCAAACAUGAGACAACAACAGUAUCAUGUGAACAAAAAUUAUUGUUUGUACAUCAAUUGCCAAUUUCAUUUAAGUUAAAAUGCAAUGUAAAUGACCUUGCAUCUUCAUUGGAUAGAAGACGUUUUUUCAAUUGGCAACAAUAAAGUUCUUAAAUUCACUCCUAAUAAUGUUAUAAUCUUUUAUCCAAUAAACAUCAAGUUUGAAACAAUGAACAAAUGUUUAAUUUGGUUCAAAAAAUGGCUCAAAAAAUGGUUCUUUAAACACAGGGUAGAUAGUUCUGUAACUUACUGUCAGGGGCAUAGCCAGCCCCUAAUAAGUGGGAGAUCUAAUUGGCUUUACAGUCUUCAGGACAAUAUUUCUAUUUUAGGGUCUGUCAAACGUUAUUUCAUGUAUUUAGAAUACAUUUUAUGAUAAUCUGAUAGCCACAGAUUUGGUAUAUUUUAUGUCAUAGCUAGAUGACAUGAUCAUGAAAACAUUAAGAGAUUACAUCCAUCCCCUAGCCCUACAAUGGCUAUGCCUCUGCGUACUGUAUAUCUGCUCUAGUAAUUACUCACUAGGAAAAGGCAAAUAUACCAAUGUACAUAUCUAUUAAUCCAAAUAGGUUGAUGAUCUGGUGCGAGCAAAACCUGUGGUUACUAAAAGAGCCCAAGGUGUUAAAAGAAAAAGGAAUUAUAGUGGAAAGAAGAACAAGGAAAGUGUUGGCAACUCAUCAGAUGUUGCAUUGGACAGAAGGUUUAAUGGUUAUUUGACAAGGUCAAAGCGAUCGCGUUUGGCUAAGAUAGAGGUAAAUAUUCAGAAAUAUCUCGAAGAAUCGGUAUAGGGAUAUCAUAUUUGGCACAAAUUGUCACAUCAAGAAAUGCAACCACAGAGGGAGGAUUGCCCACUCUCUUUCAGUCUCCC